UUGUGUAUGUAGUUGAGAAUGUAGGCUACUGCAAAAAGCUAAAUACAAAUCGGUUUUAGUCGGUAGUUGCUUCUUAAAUCUCACGUGGGAGUUCUGUAACCUACCUGUUCAUGGGUCGGGGUAGCAUUCUACCUUUUCAAAAAGCCGUAAUGUAGUCUAUUCAGUCUGUAAAAAGGUUUCAGAAGCGUGAGAAUCUUCAUGAGGAAGACAUAACUGUAGACAUACGCCUCCGGCUACAGUGUCUGUCCUGUGGUUGCUGGCUAAAUUUGGCUAAAUGUUGAUUUCUGGCGAAGCUGCUUGAAAUCUCCAAAGACAGACCCACCUGCACGCGCGAUUACAGGAGUGCGCGCGCGGAGCUUGUAUUGUCCUGUUGCAAGGCAAUCCGCGCGCUACACAUUUCUUUCUCACAUCCUCUCUGCGUUCUACGUGAAGACAAACAAAGAGCGGUACAGGGGUAAAAGAACAACACAGCGAGGAAUAGUUAUCUUGCCGAGUCUUCAUAAUAGCGCCCCCUGCUGGAGACCUGUGGAAUGAGCAUAUGCGGCAGGAAGGCGCUGACGUUGCUGAGCAGCGUGUUCGCGGUGUGCGGCCUGGGGCUGCUGGGCAUCGCCGUGAGCACGGACUACUGGCUCUACCUGGAGGAGGGCGUCAUCCUGCCCCUCAACCAGAGCGCCGAGAUCAGGAUGUCCCUGCACUCCGGCCUCUGGAGGGUCUGCUUCCUGGCGGGGGAGGAGACGGGCCGCUGCUUCACCAUCGAGUACGUGAUGCCCAUGAACGUCCAGAUGACCUCAGAGUCCACCGUCAGCGUGCUGAAGAUGAUCCGCUCGGCCACACCCUUUCCCCUGGUCAGCCUCUUCUUCAUGUUCAUCGGGUUUGUGCUCAACAACAUCGGACACAUCCGACCGCACCGCACGAUCCUGGCCUUCGUUUCCGGAAUCUUCUUCAUCCUCUCAGGUCUGUCCCUGGUCGUGGGCCUGGUGCUGUACAUAUCCAGCAUCAACGACGAGAUGCUGAACAGGACCAAGAACAGCGAGGCCUACUUCAGCUACAAGUACGGCUGGUCUUUCGCCUUCGCCGCCAUCUCCUUCCUGCUGACUGAGACGGCGGGCGUGAUGUCCGUCUACCUGUUCAUGAAGCGCUACACGGCGGAGGAGAUGUACCGGCCGCACCCCGGCUUCUACCGCCCCCGCCUGAGCAACUGCUCCGACUACUCGGGCCAGUUCCUGCACCCGGACGCCUGGGUCCGCGGCCGCAGCCCCUCCGACAUCUCCAGCGAGGCCUCCCUGCAGAUGAACUCCAACUACCCCGCCCUGCUCAAGUGCCCCGAGUACGACCAGAUGUCCUCCUCGCCCUGCUGAGCCACCCCCCCCCAGUGCUAACCCCCCCCCACACCUCUCCUCCUCUACAGGCAGGGAGAGACAUUAGCAGGGUCUCUGUUAGACCGUGAGCUGUAAAAAAAAAAACAGCAGGAAGUCCUGUGUGUAGGCUAAAGGAGAGGAGUUCUGUUUGGGCUGGCUGUUUUUUAGUUCCGUUGUAUUGUAUGCUAGGUUUUAGCCGUCGGGUGGUGGCAGUACAACAUUCCUAACGCUACGCUUGUAUAUAAGUUUA